UUUAGUUGCAGUUGUCGUGUGAGGUUAAUCAUUGUAAAGCCGGAGAUGAUUUUGAAAGUGAUAGUGUUAGCCGUACUGGUGGUGGUUUCAAUAGCGGACCGACCUCAAUGGCGGAAGAUAGAAGGUGACCUAGCACCAGAACCUGAUGUAACACUGUUUCAGGCGGUUGAUGAAACCUUCCGGCUUCCAACCGUUUCCGUCCCAACUCAUUACAAUCUACACCUACGGACGGGAAUUCAUGAAAACGACCGGAAGUUCAAGGGAACGGUGGAAAUCUUCCUGAACUUGUUGGAACCUUCGGCUACUAUUACAAUCCAUAACCGACAACUGAGCAUCUGGAAGGUCACUUCGUACACGGUUUCCGGGGAUAGAGAUCCAGUUUUUCUGGCAACACCAGAGUUCGAAACCGAUCCGAGAACCGAACAUUUAGUGAUAACCCAUGCUGGAGAGCUCCCAAUCGGUAGCUAUAUGAUCCAAGUAGAGUAUGAAGGUAUGCUACAGAACAACAACAACAUGGGUUUCUUCGCGUCGUCGUACCUGGAUGACGAUGGAAAGCGACACUAUUUGGCCUCAAGCAAGUUCGAGCCUACCCAUGCCAGAUCGGCUUUUCCAUGCUACGACGAACCUAAGCUAAAAGCUUCUUUUACUCUAUCGUUAACUCACGCUAAAGAGUACCAUGCCGUUUCGAACAUGCCUCCCGCUGGAGAGGCUGUUCCCGAUGUAGAUGAUCCGAAUUAUGUAACUACGACGUUCCUCAAAUCCACUAAAAUGUCUACGUAUCUGUUGGCGUUUGCUGUGUCAGACUUUGAAAUUCGCAGAAGCGGAUACCAUUCAGUUUACGCGAGACCUAAUGUCUACAGUGAAACCGAGUACCCACUUCAAACCGGUAUAGACAUCUUGAAUGCUCUCGCGGAGUACACGAAAGUUUCCUACACUCGCUAUAUGGGCAAAAUGACUCAGAUUGCGAUCCCGGAUCGGGGAACGGGUGCCAUGGAAAACUGGGGACUGGUGGCGUACGGCGAACCAGUACUUCUGUUUAACCCCGCUAUAAACACGUAUCGUAAUCGGAAAUCUGUUACCACAAUAAUUGCCCACGAGUUCGCACAUCAGUGGUUCGGAAAUUUGGUCAGUCCGGACUGGUGGGAUCACAUUUGGCUGAACGAAGGCUUUGCUACGGUCUACGAGUACUAUGCCGCCCAGUUGGCCUACCCGGAAGAUCGCUACUGGGACCUGUGGAACGUCGAGGUGAUCCAUAAUGCGUUCAGCUACGAUGCUCGAGAGAAUGUACGACCGAUGACUUGGAAUGCGGCUAGUCCUAACGAAAUCGCCGGACUUUUCGACACGGUUGCGUAUGAUAAAGCCGGCAGUGUAUUGAACAUGUUCCGAGUUGCUUUCCAGGAUGACAACUGGAGGGAGGGUAUACGUGCCUACUUAACGAAUCGAGAACUGGAUGGCGCCAUGGCUGAUCACCUCUCCGCCGGACUACAGACAGCUCUGAACGGAAAAGAUAUUCUACCGGAAGCAUUCACCGUCAAGCAGCUGAUGGAUUCGUGGACCACCGAACCAGGAUUCCCGCUGCUGACGGUUCGUCGAGACUACAAAAACGGCCAGAUCUACAUAUCGCAGGAGCGAUUCUACAGCGAUAGACAACUGCCGGGCAAUCACAUCUAUCACAUUCCCUACAAUUACGCUACGAAAUCAGACGCAAACUUCAACACGUUAAACUUCAAUUGGCUGUCAAGUACGUCCGCCAAACUGUCUACCUCAGCAACCGCUGACGAGUGGAUUAUUUUCAACAAACAACAAACCGGCUACUACCGAGUUAACUACGACCUCACAAACUGGCAGUUGAUCAUUGACGCACUACAGCAAAAUCCUUCCGCUAUUCAUGUCCAGAACCGUGCCCAACUGAUCAACGACGCGUACAAUCUUGCCCGUGCCGAUCGCUUGGACAUAGCACUAACCCUACAACUGUUAACGUAUUUAAAAAAAGAAGUCGCCUACCCACCAUGGGCUGCAGCAAACUCGGUUCUAACCUAUUUCAACAACAAAUUACGAGGAACCCCACAAUAUCCUAACUUCAUCGGCUUUGUCCAGGAAAUUCUCCUUCCAAUUUACAAAAACUUACCCAUCGGCACCGUUUCCGAAAACGAUACUAUGCUGGGGAAAUACCUCAUGCAGAUCAUUGCUACCUGGGCGUGCCGUAUCGGCACCACAGACUGUCUAGCGAAAAUGAAAACUGCUCUGAAGCAAACCGUUGAGCUCAACGUUCCCAUUCAUCCGGACAUUGCCAGCAUAGUUUACUGCUAUGGUUUACAAGAUGCCGGACAGACAGAGUUCAUCUGGUUAUACGAACGGCUACUCGCCUCGAAAAAUCAAGCCGAACGAUCGCUGUUGAUCGAUUCGCUCGGUUGCUCGAAGAAUAAAGAAUUUCUCAAGGCAUUCCUGAUGACUUCGAUCGGUAGCGGAGCUACGUUUAAUUUCCUGGAAACGGAACGUACCCGAAUCGUGUCGGCUGUCUACUCCGCUAGCCGGAUAGGAGUCGAUGCGCUGAUCGAGUUUCUCUCGGACGAAACGAUCAUCGACGAAUUCAUCGAUCGGCUGGGUAAGGGUGUCGUCGAAAAUGCGGUGAUCAAUAUUGCCUCCCGAACGAACAAUGAUGCCGAGAUGCAGUUGCUGAACGGGCUUCUCAGCAAGUUAGGCAACAUAAUUAGCUCGGGAACCAUCGCAUCCGUUGUUAGUACGAUCGUCGGUAAGGACGGCUGGUUCAACACGUUGGAAGGCUUGAUCGCGAGCGAAUUUUUCGAGCAAUACAAUACGGCAUAAAAACGACAUGUUAUUUUUUCGUCCACAGACAGAUUUAUUCUUCUUUUAGAAUACACAAACUUAGAAGCUAAUCUUAUCUAAAUCAA